CGGAGCCCGGCCCGGGUCCCACGGCCUGGGGAGCUCAAGCUCCUGGGCUGGGGGUGAUUGAGGGGCUGGUGAGACCCGGAGGCCCGGGGCCAGGGGGACCAGGAGGGCCUGGGGUCAAGGGUCAGAGCUGGACUCCCAAGUAUGUGGAAUUGCCACAGAGCUUAAUCAGCUCUUCCUCCUCCAGACUGAGAGAUCCUGGAGCCUUGAUGAUGGAGAAGUACCACGUGCUAGAAAUGAUUGGCGAGGGCUCCUUUGGAAGAGUGUACAAGGGUCGAAAAAAAUACAGUGCCCAGGUGGUGGCUCUGAAGUUCAUUCCAAAGUUGGGGCGCUCAGAAAAGGAGCUGAGAAAUCUACAGCGGGAAAUUGAAAUCAUGCGGGGUCUGAGGCAUCCCAACAUUGUGCAGAUGCUUGACAGCUUUGAAACCGACAAAGAGGUAGUAGUAGUAACAGACUAUGCUGAAGGGGAGCUCUUUCAGAUCCUAGAAGAUGAUGGGAAGCUGCCUGAGGACCAGGUUCAGGCCAUUGCAGCUCAAUUGGUUUCGGCCCUGUAUUAUCUGCACUCUCACCGUAUCCUGCAUCGUGACAUGAAGCCCCAGAAUAUUCUUCUGGCCAAGGGUGGUGGCAUCAAGCUCUGUGACUUUGGUUUUGCCCGUGCCAUGAGUACAAAUACAAUGGUGUUGACAUCCAUUAAAGGCACACCACUGUACAUGUCCCCAGAGCUGGUGGAGGAGCGCCCAUAUGAUCACACUGCUGACUUGUGGUCAGUGGGCUGCAUCCUUUAUGAACUGGCUGUGGGGACGCCACCUUUCUACACUACCAGUAUCUUCCAGCUUGUUAGCCUCAUCUUAAAGGAUCCAGUGAGAUGGCCUCCAACGAUAAGCCAGUGCUUUAAGAGUUUCCUGCAGGGACUGCUCACCAAGGAUCCUCGUCAGCGGCUAGCUUGGCCUGAGCUCCUCUACCAUCCUUUCAUUGCAGGCCGAGUCACUGUGACCUCUGAACCAACGGCUUCUGAUCUGGGAACUCCAUUCACCAGCCGACUACCCCCAGAGCUUCAGGUUCUAAAGGAAGAACAGGCACACUGGCUGGCCCCCAAGUCUGGUCAGUCCCGUAUUUUGCGCCAAGCCCGCAAGCGCAUGACUGAGGAGGCUAGGCAGAAGAAACAUCUCAACCCUGGAGUUUCCUUUGAGCAAACAGACAAAGCAAGCAAGGUGGUUCCUGUUACAGCCUUGUUACCCAGACUGAGAGCCACUUCUCAGGAUCUCUACCUCUCCUCUGGAGCCCCUCCCCCAGAAGACAAGAAUGAAUGGGCAAACUGGGAAGCAACUGAGCCUCCCCCGCCUCCACGCAUCUUCCCUGAUAGAGAACCACAGGGCACCCAGGAAUAUGAUCAGGAGUUCCCAGAACUAAAGCAAGAAGCUGAGGAAAACAUGAAUGCUGUGACCUUGGAGCCUGAGAAGCCAGACAGUGACAGUGAGUGGCAGCACCUGUUGGAGCCCACAGCACCUUCAGACUUCCAGCUAAAAGCGCCCCUCACCCUUCUCUGCAGCCCUGACUUCUGCCAGCGUGUCCAGAACCAGCUCCAUGGGGCUGGUGGUCAGGUCCUAGAGGGCAUCCUCGAUGGGGCUUCCCGCCUGCUUCCCGUCCUCCGGGUUGUAAAGAGCCUCCUGACUACCUGCAGUGACUCAGCUUUGCUCUAUACCUUCUGCCGGGAGGCUGGCCUGCCAGGCCUCCUGCUGAACCUUCUCAGACACAGUCAGAGCAAUGUUACUAUCCAGCAGCAGCCCUGGUGUGGAACUUUCUUGAGGGACCUGGUGGCUACAAUCCAGGCCUACUUUGCCAGUAGCUUCAACCUGGAGAGGAGUCAGACAGGUGACAGCCUCCAGGUAUUUCAGGAGGCAGCCAACCUUUUCCUGAACCUUUUGGGAAAGCUGCUGGCCCAGCCUGAUGAUGCUGAGCAGAGCCUGCGGAGGGAUAGUCUUAUGUGCUUCACUGAUCUGUGCAAGACCAUGGAUGGCAGCAGCCUCCCCAUCUCCAAGUCCUUCUACUCCAGCCUCUUGACCACACACAGGCCUGUGCUGGAUGGCCUCCUUCAUGGGAUGGCACUCCCACAACUCCCUCUUCACACCCCACCAGGUGCCCCACAAGUUAGCCAGCUACGGAGGGAGCAGGAUGAAGAUCUGCCCAGGGCCUUUGCAACAGCACUUGCUGCCAUCUGUACUCUUCCAGUGGGGCUGCCUGAGUGCUGGGAGGCCAAAGAACAGGUCUCCAAGUGUUUGGCAGAUCAGCUGACAGAAGACAGCAGUCAGCUUCGGCUGUACCUUUUCUCCAGCCUUCAGCAUCCCACCCUCUCCCUGCACCUACUCAAGGUGCUAUAUGCCUGCUGUCAUGUCAGUGAAAGUCUCUGUAGGCGUUUAGACCAAGAGCCCUUAGCCUUAGAAUCACUGCUCUUGCUGGUGCAGGGUAAGGUAGAUGUAGUGGAUCCAGAAGAGGCUGCUGAAGCUACGCUUCACCUCCUUUCCCUCCUGGUCCUCCGGCUUCAGGUCUUACCUCCUGGGGUGAAGAAGAUAGGGAAUGAGCUCGCUGUUCUUUUUGUCCAUUCACCUGUUGUCUCUCUUGUGAGUGCGGCGGCUGGUCUGCUGUCACAGUUCAGCCAGCAGGGUGUGGCCUUCAAUCUCGAGCCCAAGGAGUGGACUGCUGCAGCAGCACAUGCCUUGUCUGCUCCCGCAGAGCUGCGUCGUACUCCACCUGGUGGUUCCGGAUUCUAUGAUGGCUUGUUGUUUCUUCUGUUGCAGCUCAUCACCCAGGGUGGGGCAGAGAUAGUGCAGGAUGUGGCCAACUCAGAACUGUGGACCAUUUUGUGGCACCGAUUCUUCAUGACACUGAGACUGUCUGAGGAGGUACCCACCUCGGAGGAUGAGAUAUCCCUACCUAGCCAAUCCGUCCCAGAGCCUGAAUGGACUCUCAUCUCUCCCCAAGGCAUUACCGCUCUGCUCAACCUUGCCCUGGCAGUCUUCACCCAGGAGCCCCACCUGUGCCUGCCCCACUUGAUUCAGCAUGGCAGCAUCCUCAUGUCCACUUUGAAGCACCUGCUGUCCCCCAGCUUCCUGCAGCAGCUUGGACAGACACAACAUGGAUCCGAGCUGCUUCCAGCUGUAGUCCUCCCUGUCUGCCAACUUCUCUGCUUCCCUUUCGCCAUGGAUGUGGACGUUGACAUUCUUCUGAGUAUCCUGGCAGACCUCAGGGAUUCAGAAGUGCCGGCCCAUCUGCUGCAGGUCUGUUGCCGCUACCUCCUGCUACCGCAGGCUGAACUGCCUGUCAGCCUUCUCACCCGACUGGUCCUCACAGACUCCACCACCCUCAGCCAGUUUGUAGCUGCUGUGACCACCUCACCUAACACCAUCACCUUCCUGGCAGCUGCCUUGCUGGGUGACCAGCCCCUUCUGACCUCUGACAUCCUUUCUCUCUUAGCCCAUGCAGCCAGAGUCUGGCCUCCCACCCAUCUGCUUUUCCUACAGGACCUCUUAGCUGGGCCUGAUGAGUCCUACUGGCCCCUUCGCUGCCUCCUGGGCCACCCAGAGAAUCCGGUCCGUGCCCGGGCCUAUGGCCUCUUGGGCCACUUGCUACAUCACAGCACCACCCUUCGGGGGGCCCUCCAGAGCCAGGCAGGACUGCUAAGCUUGCUUUUGGCUGGGCUAAGGGACAAGGACCCUGCUGUUCGCCGCAGUGCCAGCUUUGCUGUUGGAAAUGCAGCCUACCAGGCUGGGCCCCUGGCACCAGCUCUAGCGCCUGCAGUGCCCGGAGUAAUCCAGCUGCUAGGUGAUCCUCAGACGGGGACCCGGCGCAAUGCGGCCUCUGCGUUGGGUAACCUGGGCCCUGAAGGGCUAGGGGAAGAACUACUUCGGUGCCAGGUGCCCCAUCGCCUCCUGGAAACUGCGUGUGGAGAUCCACAGCCCGCAGUGAGAGAAGCUGCCCUCAUUGCCCUUCGGAGCCUCAGACAAGAGCCUUGCAUCCACCAGGUGUUGGUGUCUUUGGAUGCCAGUGAGAAAUUAGCCUCCCUCGCCUCGUCCGGCCCACUACCUCCCCACAGCAGUGGUAGUCCCCGACCUUCUUCUGCCAGACACUGCAAGAAACUCAUCCACCUUUUGAGACCAGCUCACAGCACAUGAGCCUGAAAUCCUGGGGCCCAAGCUACCAGCCUCUUCAGACACCCAGGAGGUCUUUCCCUAUCUACAUCUGCCACUUCCUUUCACCCAAACCACCAAUUUGCCAAGAGGCCAGAAGAGGGAGAUAUGGGCCUUUGAUGAUCCCAAUUAGAAAAGCCUUCUCAGGACAUAGUCAGACUUCUUGGGCCCUGUACUUCUUCCAGUCUUGGCAGCUCUGCUGGUUCCACAGGAUACUUAUUUCUUGUGCUAUGUUAUCUUAUCUUGGGCUAUAUUCUCCCCAGUAAAGUAACUUUGAUCCCAGGAGCUAAUUUCAUGGACUCAAGGGAACCCACCUUCUCAUUGGAGCUCCCAACUCGUUUCUCCUCUGGAGGAUCUUUGUUCCAGUCCCAGUAGGGUUCUGCUUUUGGUGUGCCAGAACCCACGUCAUGAGCUGGGAGCAGGGUCUAUGUUCAGUUCUGGGGCACGUUUAGAAAUACCCGUGUGUCUCUCUGUCCCCGGGGGCCAUCCCACUGACCUCCAGUUUCCAUUUUCCACUCCACGACACCUAGCUCCUGUUUUGUACUCAUGUUUCCAUCUAUGGUUGAAGGUGUUGUAUCAGUUUUUUUGUAGCCUUGUUUGUAAAGUCUUUUAAUAAAAAAGUGCAUCUCAUUCCUCCUC